AUGCAGGCUGCAGGUUUAGAUGUUUGUGGGAACAUUGUGGGCCGAGGAGGAAACGAGAAGAACAGCGUUGGCAUGAACCAACACCACCACAGAGAGAUGGCAGCCACCAGAAGUGAUAGUGAGAACAAUCCAGGCAGCCAUAACCCACCAAACCACAACCCGCCCAAGAUCCUGCCAGUGUCGGGAAAACUGGAGCAGGCGAUGCAGAACAACUCAGGACUCGUUCGUCCCUCUGCCUUCAAGCCAGUGGUUCCCAAGAGCUUCCACUCCAUGCAGAACCUGGUGGGCCAGGCAGGAGGGGCUGGGAGCGAGGGCAAGACUGAGGCAAGGAGUGAAGGGUUCAGUGAGAGCAGAGGAGGCAGGAGAGGGAGGGACGGAGCAGGAGGGGAAUCAGGAGAGGUCCCAGAGGCCCUGCUCCUGGACCAGGACAGCCCAGUGAGGGUCAGCAGAAGUGAGGGUGGGGGAAAUGGGAAUGAAGUGGUUCAGGGAGGGAUGUCUGACUCAGGGAGGAACUCCCUGACCAGCCUGCCCACCUAUACAGGCUCGGGGUCUGGUUGUGGGCCCCCAGCAGUCCUGGGGCCUCUCAGUGCUUCUACCAGCCACAUCAACAGGUUGGGCAUGGUUGGGGCAGCUGCAGCCCUGGACAAGCUGGAAAAGCCUGGCUACCAGAACGGGCUCAGCGCCUCAGACAGUGGCCGGUCCUCCUCAGGAAAGAGCUCCUCGUCCUAUCAGAGACUGAGCCACCUGAGUGAUGCCCCAGCACCUCUACGCCCCUCCCCCUCAUCUGAUGACAUCAUCCAGGACCUAGAGGACCGCUUGUGGGAGAAAGAACAAGAGGUGCAACAUAUGCGCAGAAACUUGGACCAAAGUGAGGCAGCAAUCAUUCAGGUGUUUGAGGAGAAGCAACGUGUCUGGGAGCGACAGAUGGAUGAGCUGAGACAGAACUAUGCCUCGCGCCUUCAGCAGGUUACCCGUCGUGCUCAGCGCUCCCAGACUGCCCUGCAGGCCCAGAUAAGCCGUCUGUCCCAGGACAAGAGGAGGCUCCAGGAGGAGAUGGCAGCUCUGUUGGCCCAGAGAGAGGAGCUGGAGAGAAAGUGUCUGGAUUACAGGAAGGAGCAGGCUGACAUCUUGCCUCGUCUGGAGGAGACCAAGUGGGAGGUGUGUCAGAAGGCGGGAGAGAUCUCCCUGUUGAAGCAGCAGCUGAGGGAAAGUCAGGCUGAAGUCACCCAGCGAGCUGGAGAGAUGGUGGCCCUGAGAGGCCAGCUGAAAGAGCUCAAUGCCCAGCUAAGGGAGCGAGAGGAGACCAUGCUGGGCCUGAAGGACUCCUACAGUACCAAGAGUCUGGAGCUGGAGAAGUGUGAGGGAGAGCUGAGGAGGACUCUGUCAGAGGUGUCCAUCCUCAGAGAGAAGCUGGGUGUAUUUGAGGCAGAGGUGCUGAGUUUAAAACGGGCUCUGAGUGAGGCGAGCAGAGGAGCAGAAGUUGUCAUAAGCCCUAACUUAGCUGCUGCAGGGCUGUUGCCCCCCUGGGGAGUUGUCCACUGCCCACGUAACCCCACUGAUUCGUCAACCAACUCCCUCACCCCCACAUCUGACACCCUGUUGAGUCUUCAGAGUGAUGAAGCCAAAGCCCAGCGGCAGGAAGCUCAGAGACAGGAGAGGCAGCAACGUGAAGAAGCUCAAUGGCGUGAUGUGCAGCAGCGCCAAGAUGCCCACAUGCAGCAGGAAAUCCGAAUGCGUCAGGACGCCCAAAUCCGACCAGAGGCCCAACUCCGCCAGGAGGCUCAUCUCCGGCAUGAAGCCCAACUACGCCAAGAGGUUCAGCUCCGUCAGGAGGCCCAUCUUCGUCAGGAGGCCCAGCUCUGCCAUGAGGCCCAAAUGCGUCAAGAGGCCCAGCUACGUCAUGAGGCCCAACUCUGCCAAGAGGUACAGCUGCGUCAGGAUUCCCACCAGCCUCAGCGAGUCCAGGAGGGUCACUGGGAUGAGGCAGGGGAACUGCGCAGGCAACUAGAGCAGCUGCAGGCCGCAUUGCGCCUGGAACGGCAGCAACGAGAGCGUCAGGCACUCAACUUCGACCAGGAGCGACACACCUGGCAGGACGAGAAAGAACGGGUUUUGAAAUACCAGGCACAGCUGCAGCUCAGCUAUGUGGAAACUCUGCAGAAGAACCAAGCUUUGGAAAAACGCAUGAGCCAGUUGGGAGCCAAACCAAACACAACGUCCACCACCACCACUGUUACCACUACCACCACCACCUCCCCCACCUCUUCCAGUUCUCCACCACCAGCCCUCUCACCUCUCUCUCCUCAGCCCACACCCUCUCUAUCUGGCCCCAUCGCCCUCACCAUCUCCCCACCUUGUGAAGACCAGAAGGGCCCUCCUUCUCUCCACCAGCUUGCCCCUCCCUGGGCUGGACCCUCACGCCUGGAGAGGAUAGAGUCCACUGAGAUAUAGAGACAGCUCCAUGAAACCAAUUGUCCAGUUCAAUACACUCACAGUGUCAAUGCCUCUCACUCAAAAUCACUUCAGCAUACAGUUGAAAAACAUGUCAGUCUACAAUAGAAUAAAUCAGUGCAGUUUGACAUACUUUUCAAAGCAACUAUAUAUACUAAACAGCAACAAAAGCAGACUGCAAACAUUAUCAGUAACAAGCAGGUCAUCUGAACCAGAAGUUGAACUACAUUCAAUAUCAGUGAUUUUUCAACUUCUAAGCAGCCUUUCUCUCACUGGUUGCACACUACUACAUACUACAUAAUCAGUGCUCAUGAAAAGUGUGCCACACUGAUGGACGGGAGAAAAACAAAAUGUUAAAUGACAAUGUUUAGAUUACAGCACUCACACAGGGGGGCAUUUAAUGCCCAUGCUAGAAAAGGACCGAGACAAUCAGGGAUAUUGUCAGAAAUGAUCAACAAGAAUAUUAUGCUGUAUUUAUUCAUUGUAAGUCUGUGUCACUGGUAAUGUCAAAGUAGAACUAGUGGUCAGAGUGUGUGAUGUUAACGUUUUUUGGCCAGAGAGCGCCUUACUCCAUUCUUUCCCACGUGCAUAAGAGAAUAACUAAUGCUGGGAAUAGAUGAAAAAAAAAAAUCAUUGUGAUUAUCAUUUUCAGUGCUUUAAUUAUAAUAUCAGUAAACCAGUUACACAACAGUA